AUGUCCUACGUAGGCAAAUCUAAUGUGUCGGACGACCUCGUUUGGGAAAUUACCCGCUCCCAGAACUCGUUCCUGGUGAAGUGUGCUGGCGCUCAAUUCUCCCGCGACCCACUUAACUUAGUCAACAAGCACUCGCGAAAGUAUGCCGGAUUCGUGAACUGCAAGGCCAUUGGAAUCCAACCCACUGAGGAGGGAACCAUCGCCGUCACCACCAAAAAACCCGCUACCAUCCACAAGCCCGCCUCCAGUACCACCACUAAUACCUACAGCUCCACCGCUACCAACAGAAAGAUCUACAAGGGCAUCGCCAACACCGCUGCCAAGAGCGGAUAUCGCGCUGAUCUCCGCGCAGAGGCCGUCGGGCGUGCCAGCGCCAUUCGAAUGUCGCAACGCCCGAAGAAAGAGGUUCCGGAGAAGAAGCCUAGAGGUGCCAAGGCGCGGAAGGCUGCUGAGGAGUCCUCCUAG